UGGUUGGAAGAUGAAAGAAAGAAGACACCAAAACAACACGCUUAAGCAAAACCAAAGCCCAGACACCUCAAAACCACCGUUCUCUCUUUCUCUCUUUCGCUUCUCCUCUCCGAUCCAAUCCCAAUCAAAAUCCCCAAUCUUUCUCACCUUCACUUCAAAUUCCAAUUUUUCAACCGGGUUCGUUUUUGGAAGAUCGGUUGAAGAAUCGAGGAUAUCUUCGCUUUCGAGGCAGUAGGGUUUGAAUCGACCGCAAUCAUGUUUAGCCGAAUGUUUGGUAAACCUAAACAGGAGACGAAUGCUGUUGCCACUUUGGACAAGUUAAACGAGACACUUGAAAUGCUGGAGAAAAAGGAGAAAGUGCUCCUUAAAAAGGUUGGAGCAGAAGUUGAAAAGGCCAAAGAGUUCACAAGGGGGAAGAACAAAAGGGCGGCAAUACAAUGUCUUAAGCGGAAGAGGUUAUAUGAACAACAAAUAGAGCAGCUUGGAAAUUUCCAGUUACGUAUUCAUGACCAGAUGAUAAUGUUGGAAGGUGCUAAAGCCACCACAGAAACUGUUGACGCGUUAAGAACAGGAGCAGCUACUAUGAAGGCUAUGCAAAAAGCAACGAAUAUCGAUGAUGUUGACAAGACCAUGGAUGAGAUUAAUGAACAGACUGAGAACAUGAAGCAGAUUCAGGAUGCAUUAUCAGCUCCAAUUGGUGCAGCUGCUGAUUUUGACGAGGAUGAAUUGGAAGCGGAACUUGAAGAACUGGAAGGUGCUGAGUUGGAAGAACAGCUUCUUCAGCCAGCAACUACAACUCCUGCAGCCCCAGUGCAGGUCCCAGCUGGGCGGCAACCUACUCGCCCUGUUGCUUCAAAGCCAACUCCUGAAGAAGAUGAAUUGGCAGCUUUGCAAGCUGAGAUGGCACUUUGAGCAGAAUUUUUGCAGGCAUUUUUGUGCAUCACAACUGGUGACUUCAAUGGAGAAUGUUUACGUGGAGAUUUGUCUCUCCUGCUUGCCUGUCUUUGUGAUUUAUCGAACAGACCAGAGAAUGUAUGUAUAUAGGGGGAAAAUUGAACAUGAAAGUCGUUCAGUUCAUAAAGUAAAACUUACUACUUUUAUUUUGUUUGAGCUCGAACCUCCUUUUUACAUUAUACGCAUGUUAUAUUUUGUA